AUAAUGAUUGUAAAGUUGAGAGUAGCGAGCGGCUAGAGAGAAUGUAGCGUUGGUGAUGUAGGUUAAUAUUUCUUGAUUUCUUUAUGAAGUGUGCAAAGCUGGAAGAAGAGGAGGAUCGUCAUACCGAAGCAAUGAAACCAGUCAAGUGUCACAUAUCUGAAGUCGCAAGCCUUGAUGACCGGGCUAUUUUAGUUUCAUUUCAACAUGGUGAAUUGAUCCCAGAGGAAGCUCACAAAGUGAAAUGUGGACUUUAUGCACACAAAAAGACAGGGAAACAUGUAGUGGCAGUGGCUUUGGAUGAUGACCAUGUUUUUAGUGGCACUGAGCCAGCAGCUGACAGCCAGCUAGCAUGGAACCUGAUAGCUGUAAGGAACAAGAGAACCAAUAAGGUGCGGAUAUUUCCAACAACAAGCGUCAUGCUGUCCCCUGUCUCUCAUGUGGCAAAGACUAGUUCUGUGUCAGUGGUCACACAAGAAGACAAAGAUCGACUCCGCAUGAAGUUUGGCUCCAGAAAGCAGCAGCGUUUAUUAGAAAACUACAUGCGCACACGGACAGAUACUGAUGCUCUGAAGGAUAAGCUGAAAAAUGCCAUUGACAAUGUGUCUGUUGAGCAAGCCAGUUUGCAGCCAAUUGUUAAUGCUUCAGAUGAAGCAUACCUUCCUCCUAUGAACCGAGAUGCAGCUACAGUUGAUGGUGUUUACAACUUGCAUGACAUAGUGUCUGCUGAGGAGCUGGCAUCUCUGAAGGAAGAGGCUGUUAGAAUUAUGAAGGAGCCACAGAAUGAGGGGUUCAGUUUAUUUUUCCGGGAGACCCUUCCAAACUUGCUGAACAUUGGUAACAGUGAGCAAGUGCUUGAAGCUGUGUGUGCCUUACUGUAUGCUGAUCUGCUCAUUAAGUUCCUAAAUACAUCUGUUAAAAGUUUACAAAAACAGAAAAACAUUAUUUGUCCAUACUCAGAGGAUAUCAACUCCAAAAUCAUCAGUACAUUUACAAUGAAAUCUGCAAAUGGCAGGUUGCGACCCAAUUCCUUAAAGGACAAAGCAUUAUGCUACCUGAUCGUGCUUGGGCUUCUUCUUACACAGUUCAAGCUCAACCUUGAGUUACUGUCCAAAUCUCUUGCAAUAUCUGUGAAGAGGCUACAUCAGUACUGCCACCAAGUAGGAGCUGUCUCUAGCUCCAGGGCUUCCUCCACUGUGAUCCUGAAGUUACCUUUGCCGCCACUGAAACAGCUUCAGACAAUGAUGAAAAAAAAAUAGUUAUUAAGGAACAUCUGUUUUGAACUUUGUUGCUAUAUUCUCUGGUAUGAAAAAUUCAUGUGUUUUUAUUGCAGCAGUCAAAGCAUUUCAAAGUGUUGUCAUUUCAGUACUUUCUGUGAACAUUCUUCAUCAGAAUAUGCUGUAACCGAAUCUCUUGAAUCUGAUUUCCUAUAUCCACUUUUUUUUAAGGGAUACGAGGAUCCUGAGUGUGCUGCCUUGUGAUGAGUUGGAUAUAUGUACCACAAGAGAGCUAAAAGACAAGUUUCAGUUAUCUGAGUCAAUCAGAAACUUCAGUGGAAUAUAUUUUCCAAAAUUAUGAAUCAUUUUACUUUCCAUUGAUAUGACAUGGACCACACAGAAAACAGAAUCUCCAGCUGUUCCUCAUUGCCCUGGGAAAGUCUGUAGCAAGUUGUUACCUAGCAAUGAUAGGCAGGUAAACAGAGAAAGCCAGAGACCUUUUUCCUUUGACAAAAGGCCCACAUAGAAAAUUACAUGUCCAACAAUUCUUCCAUUGUUGUGUGUAUUCAUUGCCAUGGAAAAACAUAUUUUAAUGAGCCAUUGCCUAGCACUGAAUGGAGGGAUUCACUUAACCAAAAGGUUGCCUUGCAGAAAUAGGAGGAAUACACAUACAGACACACAGACUGAUGGGAUGGAUUUAUGAAGUAUGCCUUUGAGAAGAGGUAAGUUAAAGGAAAGAUAUACAGGGUGUUUCACGACUUUAGGGAAUAACUGCAGGAGGUGAUUUCCUAGGUCUUUGUGAUCAAAAA